UCUGUUGUGGCAGGCAGAUAGAUCAAAUUGCAGAUAACGUGCGCUAAGUAUGGAAAUAUAACACGACAGAAAGGAAAGGGAGAACUUAAAGUGCGGUCACUGUGAUCACGGAACAACACACUGAUAGAAAGAGGACGGAGAACUUGAAACAGUGGCCAAAUUUGUCCACUAAGAUAAGACGUAAAACAAUUUAUUAGACGACGCAGUUUGAAACAUGGUAACCUCGAUCUCGACUCUCGUACUUGUGGCGUGUUUCGUUGGUCACGUGAUUUUCGUCAUGGGUGACUUCUCCUGUCUGUGCAGUUACUCGGUUGAGGUUCCUGUUCAUACUACUACCGAGAAGUCAUCAGCGGUUAUCGGCUACUUGUAUGAAUUUGACUGCAAGCCCGUGAAUACGCCGCUCAACGUCGACAGCCCUUGGGUACCAAUAGAGUUUAGCCAUCAGGUAGGGUACGUAAUGCAGAGCGCAGAGCAAAUGGUUCAGACAUGUCCAGGGAACCCCAGCCCUGACGAUAUUAUAACAACGACAACGACGAAAACAAUGCCAAAUAUAAGCACACCAAUUUCAUCGUCAGCACAUACCAGUUCUUCCACUUCCAAGUCAACGGAAUCGGAUUCUUCUCCGACAGCAACGAGCACAACAAUGUCAAGCAACUCGUCAGCAUCUAUAUCAACGACUACAACUACAAGUACCAUACCAGAGUCCAUAACAUCUCAAUUCUCAUCACACGCCAAGACAACUACAGAAGUAUUGCAGUACCGAACAACAGCAGUAAAUGCCGCAUAUACCAUUACAUCAUUACCUAAUUCAACAAUGACACAAACCACAACGCAUGGAAGUAUAACAGAGACAAAACCAUUCAUGCUUUCAACAAGUACUUAUCAUUCUCUGAUACAAGAAACGACACCAUCAACUGAAGCGGCUGCGUCGAAAGAGAUGACAUCGUCGAAAUUCGAAACGAAAACAACUGCAUCCAUUUUGUAUGGCACAUCGAAUGCGCCAUCUAAAGCUGCGGAAGUAAAGUCAAAUGAUGAAACGACGACUAGUAUCAACACCCCCGAGUCUCUCACAAUAACCUCAACGACCACCUUCGGAGCCCUAUCCACACCUUACGCUAACACAGACAACACAGACCGCAUUACCGAUUCCGCUUCCAUAACUACAAUCGAAACUACCACCACAAACACUGCUCCUUCGUUCGCCACGGACGCUACAAAUGCCAAUACAAUCGUUUCAACAGUCACACCAAGCACGGCAAGCACCACAAACACUUUUUCUACAACAGUAACAAUACCGAUAAUGGAAAUAUCAUCGUCAACAGAAGCAAAAACAACAAAAACUCAAAUACAGAUCCGUUGUUCCGACGCGGUGAAAAGCCAUGCAGAAACAUACCACGGAUUCACGUUAUUCCAAGGCAGUACCUGUCUAGAACUCGUGACAUACCCGAUGGACUGGAAAAGCGCUGAAAAUAACUGCGCGUCUCGUGGAGGUCAUCUUAAUGAUAUACUCAGUCAAAGAGACGAGGACAUGGUUAUCUCGUUUCUACAGUCUAACCACUUCACUGCUAAUGUUUGGAUUGGACUGAAUGACAGAACUAACGAGAAUACAUUUGUCUGGUCAUCAGGUCAUCCACUGACAUAUUCUAAUUGGAAAUCGGGGCCUCUGCUGGAUCCACUAGGAAUUUUUCAUGACUGCGUGGUGCUGAUUCCAGAUUUUAAAACAUUAAUUAUUCACUACACUGGGCAAUGGGACGAUAUCAGUUGUAGUGCAAAUCAUGCAUUCAUAUGCCGAUAUGACCAUAAAACAUACCAAGAAGUCAUCGUUGGCUGACGGGGAUUAUUGUAAUGAAGUGCUUUUGUAAUUUGAAAGUAAACAUCUGAAGAUUACAAGCAGUCGAGAUUGAUUGUUAAGUGAUUUGGUAUUUUGAAAUAUAGUGCUUUUAUUUUGUGAAA